CAACAACCCAUCUAUCUCCCUCACCACCUCGACACCGCACCGCCCGCUGCAGACUUCCGUGCAAGCAGAUCUCCGUCACUGGCCUGGAGUCGUGCGAGACGUCUUACCGCCAGCAUCUUCAUUCCCGCCGCCAGCCAUCACCCUCCGCCGCCCGCAGCAUCCAUCCGCACCGUGCAGUGCAUGCAAUUCAUGUUGAUACCAGUCCAACUCACCCUCAACCACACUUGACUGCCGCCGACGGCUCCCUGCCCACCAAACAACCUCUCUGGCCAGCAUUGGAUCACAAUAGACCGCCGAAACACGCUCCCAUUGGCACUCAAGUGUGCUAUUGACCCACCGGCAUACGCGUAUCGACUCAUAAUACCUCUUCAUCACAUACCAUGCCGCCCGCUCGAGCAGUUCGACGCACGGUGACCGACGAGAAUGCAGAUGCAACCGGCACUACACGCCUCACGCGUGCAAAGGCUGCCGCACUGGAGACGACCUCUGCUGGCGAUCCCCCCAAGAAGGCAUUGACAACGACGCGUACUACUGCAACCACUAACGGCACCCUGGCUGCACGAAAGAGGACCGCACUGGGAGACGUCAGCAACGUCGCGAAGAAGGAGCCGCUGGCUGAGAAGGGCAAUGCGAAGGACACUCUGUCAAAGGCUACUCUCUCCAAGGCCGCGAAGCCUGCUGGCAUCCAGAAGCAACCAGCGCGUUCCACCUCGACUCGUACUGCCCUCGGCCCCAAGACCUCCAACAACGCGUCCUCAGAGCUGAAGCGACCUUACAGCGGCUCUGGCAUUGGAACUGGACCUACAAGCAAGAAGCGCAACACCUCAUCGACCAAGCCGAAGCGCUCUGCAGCCGUGGAGGACGACCUUGAUGAUGAUGAUGUUGAUGACGAUGCUGAGAACGUGCCGCCGCCGACCAAUGGAGCCAAGUCCAAAGUCGAGAAGAGAGCCUCUGUCAAGUCUAUGCUGAGCGAACCUAUCGAGCUUGACGAUGAUGAUGAGUACGAGCAGGAGAAGUCACUCGAGCAGCUCAUCAAGGAGGCCAAGGACCUCGACUCUGAAGACCUUGACGACCCCCUCAUGGUUGCCGAGUAUGUCCACGAGAUCUUCGACUACAUGAAAGACCUUGAAAUUUCCACGCUGCCCAACCCUGACUACAUGGCCAACCAAACCGAUCUGGAAUGGAAGAUGCGUGGUAUCCUUGUCGACUGGCUCUUGGAAGUGCACGCUAGAUUCAGACUCUUGCCAGAAACACUCUUCUUGGCUGUCAACAUCAUCGACCGCUUCCUGUCCUGCAAGGUUGUCCAGCUUGAUCGUCUCCAACUGGUCGGUGUCACCGCCAUGUUCAUCGCAUCCAAGUACGAAGAAGUCCUCUCACCGCACGUUCAGAACUUUGUCCACGUUGCCGAUGACGGCUUCAAGGACACAGAGAUAUUGUCUGCGGAGCGCUUCGUCCUCUCCACCCUUGAUUACGAUCUCUCGUAUCCCAACCCGAUGAACUUCCUCCGUCGCAUCUCAAAAGCCGACAACUAUGACAUCCAGACGCGCACCCUUGGCAAGUAUCUGCUCGAGAUCGGAUGUCUUGACCACCGCUUUCUGAAGUAUCCUCCUUCCCAAGUGGCUGCCGCAGCCAUGUACCUCGCACGACUUGCUCUCGAUCGCGGCGAGUGGGACGCGACUCUCGCCAAGUAUGCUGGCUACACCGAGGCCGACAUCCAGCCUGUCUUCAAGCUGAUGGUUGACUAUUUGUACUCACCGGUCGUGCAUGAGGCAUUCUUCCGCAAGUAUGCUUCCAAGAAGUUCUUGAAGGCGUCCAUAGUACUGCGCCAGUGGGCGAAGAAGUGGGCUCCAACAUAUCUCGACAAUGCCGGCAAGACUCCUCGGUCAUAA